GUGUACGGGCUCUAAAGCAUGUGAGCUGGUGGUGGAGACGGCUAUGUUGUUCAGACACAGGCGAGUGAACGAGGAAAAGGUAGCAGCGAAAGCACAGUGUCUACAGCCUGAACUCUGUGUGUAUCAAAUAAUGCUCCAGAUUCUAAAGGCUCCAGCCAAACCUGUCUCCCCGUGUCUGAUCGGUAGUUACUGCUGAGGAGUUGAAAGGGUGGGUUAGUUACCAACAGCUUCGACCACAGUCGGAGCAUCGAGGCAGGAAAGGGUAACACUGUCAACUGGGUCCAUACACUUUUUUAACCUACUAAUUCCGAGGCCCGUUUCUGAAAGGAGGUUUAAUACAAACCCCGAGUUUGUUAACCACUCUGGCUUAACUUUCAGAACAAGAGGUGAUUUAAAUCCGAGGAGGAGGAGUAACCUAAGCUGGCUUCACAGAGAGAACCAAUCAGGUGAGGCUUACUUUACACAUCUCAUUUGAAAAUGGCAUGUCCUUUUCUCGAGGACCCAAUAGAUGAAGGAGCUGCAUUACUCCGCAGAGAAUUACGUUUACGGGGGGAGAGGACUUUUAGACCCCGCCUGGAUGUAUUAUCAUUUCCGGAUGACUACCUACUGGAGCGUUACCGUUUUUCUUCACAGUCUAUCGUUUAUCUGCAUAAUCUUCUGAAGCCUCACAUUUCCAACAUCACCCAUCGUGGGCGGGCUCUUACGUCUGAGCAGAUUCUUUGUGUUGCUCUUCGUUUUUUUGCAAGUGGAAGUUUUCUUUAUGACAUCAGUGAUGCUGAGCAUAUCAGUAAAACCACUGUGUGCAGAGUGGUCAGGAAAGUUUGCCUUGCUCUGAAACGCCUUUUGAACACUUUCGUUGUGUUCCCUGGACACAAUCCAGCAAGUGCCAUCAAAGAGGACUUCCGUAGGAUUGCAGGAUUUCCUGAUGUGAUUGGCUGUGUUGAUUGCACUCACAUUCCUAUCAUUCCUCCUUCAAAAAAUGAAGCUGAUUAUGUGAAUUGGAAGUCAAUCCACAGCAUCAAUGUGCAGAUCAUAUGUGAUGCUGCACAUGUCAUCACUAAUGUGGAAGCCAAGUGGCCUGGGUCUGUGCAUGACUCACGGAUAUUUCAUGAGUCUGCCCUGAGCAGCAGACUGGAAAAUGGUGAGUUUGAUGGUCUUCUGCUGGGUGACAUGGGGUACCCAUGCCAGCCAACUCUGCUGACCCCUUACCCUGACCCAGACUCAGGCCCCCAACAGCGCUUUAAUGUAGCCCAUCGCAGGACGAGAGCCCCGGUGGAGACAACCAUAGGCUUGCUGAAAACUCGCUUCCAGUGCCUACGCCACCUCAGGGUUACCCCGGAGAGGGCCUGUGACAUUAUUGUGGCAUGUGUUGUUCUUCAUAAUAUUGCCACAAUUAGAGGAGAGCAACAGCCUGCCCUACAACUACAAAACCUUGAUGAAGACCCGAUCCAUCCGGCAGAUACCGAGGAUGGAAGGGCAGUAAGAGACGCAGUAUGCAGGAGUCACUUCUCCGAUUUAAACCACCAUCACCUCAACGAUCACCCAGAUCAGUCAAAUAAAGACAUAUGAGUCACUUU